AUGACACUGAUGAAGAAUAUGACAUAUGUGACACAUUUUCUCCUACUGGGACUCACUGAUGAACCAGGACUACAGAUUCCCCUUUUCAUCACCUUCCUCCUAAUCUACACCUUCACCAUAGUGGGAAACCUGGGAUUGAUCCUCCUUAUUGUCCUGGACUCUAGGCUGCAUACACCUAUGUACUUUUUCCUAGGAAAUUUGUCCUUGGUUGAUUUUUGUUAUUCUUCAGCUGUCACCCCUACAGUCAUGACUGGGCUUCUUAUAGGAGACAAGGUAAUUUCCUACAAUGACUGUGCUACUCAGAUGUUCUUUUUUGUUGCCUUUGCUACUGUUGAGAAUUAUCUCCUGGCGUCAAUGGCCUAUGAUCGAUACACAGCAGUGUGUAAGCCCCUGUACUAUGCUACCACUAUGACUACAAGUGUGUAUGUAUGUCUUUGUAUAGGUUCUUAUUUUUGUGGUUUUCUGAAUGCCUCCAUCCACAUUGGAGACACUUUCAGUCUUUCUUUUUGUGGGGCUCAUAUAGUUCAUCACUUUUUUUGUGAUAUUCCAGCACUUAUGGUUCUUUCUUGCUCUGACAGACAUGUCAGUGAAUUGGUUCUUGUUUAUGCAGUGAGCUUCAAUAUCUUUUUUGCUCUUUUAGUUAUCUGGAUAUCCUAUAUAUUCAUUUUUGUCACUAUCCUAAAGAUGAGAUCAAGAGCUGGUUAUGGAAAGGCUGUAUCCACCUGUGCUUCACACUUCACUGCAGUAUCUAUUUUCUAUGGGACAAUUAUAUUCAUGUACUUGCAACCCAGCUCCAGUCACUCCAUGGACACUGACAAAAUCGCAUCUGUGUUUUACACCAUGAUCAUACCCAUGCUAAACCCUCUGGUCUACAGCUUGAGAAACAAGGAGGUUAAGAAUGCAUUAACAAAAGUUUUGCUAAUGGCAAAAUAG